GCACGAGUCAAAUUUAUAUCGUUUGUUCCCAUUGCAAUAUUCGGAACUCGAACAUUUGUAGCAUUGAUUGAUCGCCACUAUUUAUUUACAAAAAGUUUUUAAAAUCUUUUAAAUCAGACGUCAGGAUGGGGAUGAUUGAAAUAACGUGUAAUGAUCGGCUGGGGAAAAAGGUGCGGGUCAAGUGUAACUCGGACGACACAAUUGCUGACCUUAAAAAACUUAUUGCUGCCCAAACAGGGACUCGGUAUGAUAAAAUCAUUCUGAAAAAGUGGUACACGAUUUUUAAGGAUCACAUCAAAUUAGAGGAUUAUGAAAUUCACGAUGGAAUGAAUCUGGAGUUGUACUACCAAUAAAGGAAUCAAUUUCGUUGGAUGGAUUUUUAAAUUUUGUCAAAUUGUUCCGUGUUGGCAGAAAUGUAAACUUCGGAUGGCGUCGAAUAUUAUAAAAUUUAAUUAUUAUAGUUAAUAUUAUAAGAUAAUUUAUGUCAAAACUAUGUAUACAUUUUACCAAGAAUCAAUUUUUUACAAGUAAGUAAUUGUUAGUAAUUAUACGUAAAUCAAACCGAAAAUCCUUAAAUAAUACACUGGAUUCAGUAAAACAAACAAUAAAUUUGCUAAUGUUUUAAGAAAUGCGU